UUGUGAUUUGCCGAAGUGCUCGGAUUGUGAUCGAUUUGCCCCCUAGUAGUGGCAGGAUGGAGGUGCUGUACAAGAAUACUCUCUUGUCGUUCGUGGUGGCGGUGGUUUUAGUGCUAUCCAUUGUAGCAGCUACUACGAAUCCUGAACCCGCCGGAACAAAGACCGAAGUGAAGAGCUAUUCACCGGAAGACGUCAAGGACGUGAACAACUUUCCGGUUAAUGGGCUGCCGCCAUUAACGUACAGCUCGAAGAAAUACACCUUGCAUACUGAGGUUGUGAACUUCUUCGAGGCUUGGAAUCGCUGCCGGGAUAUGGGCAAACAAUUUGCUUCUAUUGAAAACUCUCAGGACUUUGCCGCCUACCGAGAUGCUGUCCAACCGUAUGCCAACGUCAACUAUACCUUCUGGUUAGCGGGAACUAACGUUGGUGCCAGAUCGAACGAUUAUCGCAAAUUCUACUGGAUUACAAACGAUCGACCGGUCAGCUAUGUGAGCGGUUUCCAAAAUUGGUUCCUAGGUUCCCCACCAAACGAUGCCAACGCAUGUAUGCUAACUUAUCAGAGUAGUACGCUUUGGUUCACUGUGCCCUGCUUUACCACCCUGUCAUCCUACGCAUGCGAGGAACCACAGGAUGUCUGAUCAUACCAGCUUCUGCCAGAAAAUGAACCGCUGAUGCAACUGCUGCUCACGACACAAUGGAACAGUCUAAUCAUAAGUGGGAAGAUGAACAUUUAAUAUAAGAAGAAGUUUGAGCUCAAUAAAACUGUUAAAAUCGCUAUGCAAGCAGCCCGUA